AUGGCUGCCAUGUCUUCUCCACGCCUGCCUUUUUAUUUUUUGCUAGUUUACAGUUUUGCUUUAACUGUUAGCCAGCGUAUACUUUCCUCCACUCUUAACUACAAUUUUGUAUUGGGGUCCCUCUCAUUGGUCACUGGAAUUGAGGGUGAAGAUGUCAUCUUACCAUGUCAUGCCAAUUUGAAGACACUAGCAAAAGUUAAAGAAAUUAAAUGGAGCAAAAUAAUCAAUCAUACUCUUGAGGACAUCUAUAAAUUUAUACCAGCUAUUGGUGAGGAAAUCUAUUGGCAGGACUAUAAAGCCAGAGCCAUCUUUUCCAAAGAAGGAUUGAAAACUGGAGAUCUCUCCUUAAAGCUGAAAAACACCCAGGUGUCUGACAAAGGAAAUUACAGUUGCAUUGUUAACUCAACUAACUGGGCUGAUCAGACCCAAAUACGUCUUCAUAUUGAAAGUUCAAGAGACUAUUUUGAACUGAGUUCCCCCUUAUUUGUCAUUGUAAAAGUGAAUGAAGAUGUCAUCUUACCGUGCCAUGUCACUUUAAAGACUCGCGACAAGCUUAAAGAAAUUAAAUGGAGCAAAAAAAAUAAUCAUACCAUUGAAAACAUCUAUCAAUUUAUACUACCAAUUGGUGAAGAAAUCUACUGGUGGAACUAUAAGGCCAGAAUAGUUGUUUUUAAUGAAGGAUUGGACACUGGAAAUUUCUCCUUAAAGCUGAAAAAUGUUCAGAUGUCUGAUGAAGGAAGCUACAGUUGCUUUGUCAACUCAACUGACUGGGCUAAUCAGAAUCAAAUAUUUCUUCAUAUUGACAAUACAGGAAAACAGGUAAAGGCUUACGUGAAAAAAUUAGAAAAUCAUGUAAAACUGCUUGAAGUUAAUCUUUUCUUGGACCCCAAAAGACUGGAAGUUUAUGAAGAUGGGGAAAAUAUGAGAGACACUGGAAAUAUUCGUCAUGUUUCUAACAGUAAAGAGAGAUUUGAGUCCCAUACAUUUGUCUUGGAAAAAAGAAGUUUUUCUGAAUGCAAAUAUUAUUGGGAAGUGGAGGUUGGCCAAAAAAAUGUGUGGGAUGUAGGUGUUGCAUCUGAAUCUGCUCCUAGAACAGGGGAGAUCACAUUGUCUCCUCAGAAUGGCUACUGGGUCAUAGGUCUUGAUAAUAGGAAUAAUUACUGGGCUUCUUCAGACCCCUGCACAAUUCUGAACGUGCCAAGAAAACCAACAAGGAUAGGGAUAUUCCUAAAUUUGAAAAGUCAUGAAAUUUCUUUUUAUGAUACUCAUAGGAUACAUAAACUCUACACUUUUCUUAAUGUUGCUUCUGAGAAAUUGUAUCCUUUCUUCUUGACAAGGUCUUUAAUAACAGAAUUUGAUAAUGCAACACUAAUCCCAUCAUUGUUUCAAGAGGAGAAAAUAGUGGAAGAUCUCCUUGAAAGACAAUAUGCUGUGGCCUGCAACUCAAAAAGGAAGAUUCUGCAAUUUAAUAACUUUCAUUCAUUUACCUCCAAGGAGAGGAAACUAAACUCAUAG